UUCAUCACGUCCGAACCACAGUUUAGUGGAGUACUGUGCUUGGUAGAAAAACGAUCUCAGUUUCUGUGCUUAACAUGAGUAUCUGGUGCUUCGUAUUACUAUCCGUGAUCGUUGGUGUAAUGGCAAACGAUAGUCCCGCUCCCAACAAUCAACCUGUCCCUUCCACAGACAUCACGACUUCGCCCGAAUUCCGUAUACUAGAGCGAAUUGAACGCUUAUCACAAACCUUGAGCGAUAAAAUCAAGACGGUUAACGAUCGUGUCGAUAAAAUGGUGGGAAAGUUUUCGGAGCAAAUGCAUAAUGUAUCAACGGCAACCACACAACGGCUGAUCAAUCUAGAACACAAGCUAGAACGAGUUCCAGAAGACACGGGAGUAUACUUUAUGAAACCAGAUAUGGCCAAGAACAUCACGUUUGAAGUGUCGCGCGAUUGGACGAAUAAUCAUGGAUUCGGAGGCAACUGGAUCGUUUUCCAGCGAAGAUUCAAUGGGUCGGUCGAUUUCUAUCGCAACUGGAACGAAUAUAAGGACGGGUUUGGUAAUCUACGUGGCGAACAUUGGCUAGGAUUGGAAAAGUUGUACUCGAUCUUGAAAACCCGUCAACACGAGCUGCUUAUCGUGCUGGAAGACUUCGAUGGGGUGAUUGCUUAUGCACAUUACGAUGACUUCAAGAUCGGAGAUGAAAGUGAGAAGUACAUGAUAAAAUCAGUUGGCCAAUACAACGGGACGGCCGGUGACUCGUUUUCCUAUCACAAGGACGGUUUGUUUACAACCUUCGAUCAAAACAAUGAUAAAGCUACUUACAACUGUGCCCAAGCGUAUGCUGGUGCGUGGUGGUUUAAAUCGUGUUAUAAUAGUCAUUUGAAUGGAGAAUACUUGCAUGGAAAAAGCAAUCGUCAUGCUGGUAUUAUUUGGUUUAAAUUUCGAGGAUUGUCUCACUCCUUGAAGCGAACCAAAAUGAUGGUCAAACCUGUAGGGACAUAAAAAUUACAUAUGGAAUUAUUCCGCUUUAUAAAACAAAAACUAUCGUUUCUUUUACACAAAAAAUUCAUUCUAUCGCUGAUUAGUACGAACAUAAUUAUAAUAAUUCCUCAAUAGAAGCCAAGUAAAUUCUUGUAGUUUGAACCCUUGUCGAGUCUUGGAUAGAUUAUAAUGUAAUAUGGCAACAGUAAUAUAAUUCCUUACGAUCAGCCGAUGAAUGAUGGUGGCAAGCCUCUCUGGGAACAUCUUGAAGAGCACUGAUGACUUCUUCCAAGAAUGACAAGGGCACUUUGUCAUCCUGCUGGCUGACGUAGUACUGCUCUCCACUGCUUGCUGCGCCUGGUUCGCUCCCGUGCUUCUACUCCAUUCAAAUGUCGGUCGAAGUAGCCACCUGUCGAUCACCUUGCUCGUUCUACAGGAUAUCUCCCUCCUCGUUGGGGCACAUAGCGGUCAUGGGGGUAAAACCAACUCGUGCCGUAUUCAACAUCCUGUACAACUUACGAGUUUCCCCCGACUCGGGAUAGUUCCGGCGUCAGUUGUUCAUCCGAGUUCAUCCGACUGCCUUCUCAGUCGUCUGUAGUGUCAGGUCUCGCGCUGGAGCAUACGGAUACGCGUUGCGUUCUUCACGGAUAGUGCUCGCCUGUACUCAUCAUCAAACCAUUCCUUCCUCUGGUUACGUGUUACGCGGUCAAUUGUUCCCCAAGCGCAGUCGGGAAGUCUCUCGCCACAUCAGCUUGCCUCUACAGAUCUAUGUAUGUUGAGCCUUGGGGUGGGCUGAUAACCUAGCUGAUUGGUUACGCACAGUGGAUGUAAGACUGCAGUCCUAGACCGAGUUUUCUGGAAACGGAUUGAGGACCUGGCCAUGUCUUCGCGACAUGCUUGACCAUGAGCAAGCCAAGAAAGAAGAAUGUGAUAAUAAAAAUAAAUUAGCUUCAUCACAAAAAAA